AUAACCCAAACCCAGAUUUUUUUUUAUUAUCAACAGUCAUCUCAUUACUCUCUCAACACCAUCAUCAACAUUCAACACUCUUCCUUCUCCUCCUUCCUCCAACAAAGCAACUUUUUUUUUUCUCUUCCUUUCCAUUUCCUAAUUUCCAUCAUAUAAAAUAGUGCCACCCAUCACCACAACUAUAACAAAAUCAGCAGCAUCAGCAGAAGCAGAAGAAGCAGAUGUUAGAGCCAUGGACAUAACCCCAACAACAACGAUCAUCAACACCACCACCACUCCCAGUGCAGCAAAAUCCCCGGAACAUGAAACAGAAACACCGACCAGGAUCACCACCCCCAUCACUCCCACAACGACAAAAACCUUAUCUUUCUCGAAUGGUGUCCUCAAACGCCACCACCACCACCACCUCCACCACCCUAUGCCUGCGGUGGUUACCUACAAAGAAUGCCUCAAAAACCACGCCGCCAACUUGGGUGGCCACGCUCUAGACGGCUGCGGCGAGUUCAUGCCCUCUCCGACCGCCACCGCCGCCGACCCCAGCUCCAUAAAAUGCGCCGCCUGCGGCUGCCACCGCAACUUCCACCGCCGCGAGCCGGAGGACCCCCCCAUCACCUCCAACACCACGCACGUCAUCGAGUACCAGCCCCACCACCGCCACCACCCUCCGCCGCCGCUUCACGCGGCGGCGGCAGCACGCAGCCCCAAUUCCGCUUCCCCGCCGCCGAUCUCCUCCUCUUACUAUCCCUCCGCGCCGCACAUGCUCCUCGCCCUCUCCGCCGGGCUAGCGGCUCCGCCGGAGAGCACCGCAGCGCCUUCCGCAGCGCUCAGCAGAAAGCGUUUCCGAACGAAGUUCAGUCAGGAGCAGAAGGAGAAGAUGCACAAGUUCGCGGAGAAAGUGGGGUGGAAGAUUCAGAAGCGGGACGAGGAUUUGAUUCACGAGUUCUGCAACGAGGUUGGGGUCGAUAGAAGCGUUCUCAAGGUUUGGAUGCAUAACAACAAAAACACCUUCGCCAAAAAAGAUAACAAUAUUGUUAUUAGUAAUGAUAUUAAUAUUACUACUAGUAAUAAUAUUAAUAUCAGUAUUAUUGAUGAUAAUGAUGCAAAUGGGGGUGAUGUCAAGGUUUUUGAAAACCCUAACAACAACCAUGGUAGUGGUAGUGGUGGUGGUGAAGAUCCUGCUGAAGAUCCGAGUCGUAAUCACUAUGGUGGGGUGAAUGUUGGUGCUAACGGGUCUUCUUCUAGUUCUUGAUCUAAGGGGAAGAGAAGAAGAAUAAUGUGAUAGAUAGGUUAAUGAUGAUGAUGCUGCUGCUACUACUGGUUAAUUAAUUAGUAGUUUUUAAUUUCUUUUCUUUUUUUGUUUUUAAUUGUUUAGUUUUUAUAUUGUGAAUGAGACCAAGAUGAUGGAUGAUCUAUCAGCUUAAUUGGAGAGAAUGAUAUAUCCAAAAGGGAAAUUUAUUUUGAUUUUUAUGCUUUUAAUGGUAUUGUUCUGAAUUAAUUGGGGAGUUAGUUGUUACUA